CAGUGGAGACUGUGGAACUGUUCUUCCUUGGCUCCUGCUCCGUGAGAUCAACUAUGGAACAUGCUCAAGAACAUGAAGCAUGUCAUGAGCAAACCCAGAGGUAUUGUGUGGAGAGACCAGUAUAUAACCAAGAGCUCUUGCAAGGACAGCUGCACAGACGAGAAAGAACACCUCAGACUUUAAGGCAGAAGAUUGCACAUUCUUGUCGUUGUUCUUCUAAGAAAGCCAAGUCUCAUCUUUACAGUUUCUUACCAAUUUUAAAAUGGCUUCCCCGUUACCCAGUGAAGGAAUACUUAUUAGGAGACAUUAUCUCAGGUAUAAGCACUGGGGUUAUGCAGCUUCCUCAAGGUUUAGCCUAUGCUUUGCUGGCAGCUGUUCCCCCAGUAUUUGGCCUAUAUUCUUCAUUUUAUCCUGUCUUUCUGUAUACUUUUUUUGGAACCUCCAAGCACAUAUCAAUAGGCACCUUUGCUGUGAUUAGUAUGAUGGUUGGCGGCGUUGCUGUGAGACAAGUGCCUGAUGAAAUGGUUUCUGUAGGCCAUAAUUCUACCAAUGUUACAGAUUCCUUUGAAUAUUACAAUGCUAGGGAUGCCAAGAGGGUACAGGUGGCUGUGACUCUCGCCUUUCUUUCAGGAGUCAUCCAGUUAUGUUUAGGUCUCCUUCGAUUUGGAUUUGUAGCCAUCUAUCUAACAGAGCCUCUGGUGCGAGGGUUUACUACUGCUGCUGCGGUUCAUGUCUUUACUUCUCAAUUAAAGUAUCUCCUUGGCAUUAAGACUAACCGAUACAGUGGACCCCUCUCAGUUGUAUAUAGCAUAGCUGCUGUGCUUUCAAAAAUAACAACGACCAAUAUUGCUGCAUUGAUUGUCGGAUUAACGUGCAUUGUUCUGUUGUUGAUUGGCAAGGAAAUCAAUCUCCGGUUUAAGAAGAAACUCCCAGUUCCUAUUCCUAUGGAGAUCAUUGUGGUAAUUAUUGGCACAGGAGUUUCAGCUGGAAUGAAUCUGAGUGAGUCAUAUGGAGUGGAUGUUGUUGGCAAUAUUCCUCAAGGGUUAUGUGCACCAGCAGUUCCCGAGAUUCAGCUCAUCCCAGCAAUAUUUGUGGAUGCAAUAGCAAUAGCAAUAGUUGGAUUUUCAAUGGCUGUAUCAAUGGCCAAGAUCUUUGCCCUUAAACAUGGCUACACCAUUGAUGGGAAUCAGGAACUUAUUGCCUUGGGAAUAUGCAACUCUGUGGGGUCAUUUUUCCAAAGCUUUUCAGUCACUUGCUCAAUGUCUCGGAGUCUUGUUCAGGAAAGCACCGGUGGGAAAACUCAGAUUGCAGGUGCACUAUCUUCAAUUAUGGUUCUGUUGGUACUUGUGGCUGUUGGAUACCUCUUCGAACCACUUCCACAGACAGUGCUAGCUGCAAUUGUAAUGGUGAACCUGAAAGGAAUGUUUAAACAGUUUGGAGAUAUCGCGCACUUCUGGAGAACCAGUAAGAUUGAACUGGCCAUCUGGGUGGUAGCUUUUGUGGCUUCUCUUUUCCUGGGACUAGACUAUGGUUUACUUACUGCAGUAGCGUUUGCAGUGAUAACCGUUAUUUACAGAACACAAAGCCCUCAGUACAGAAUCCUUGGUCAGAUUCCUGACACAGACAUCUACUGUGACGUGGAAGAGUACGAAGAGGUUAAAGAAUAUCCUGGAAUAAAAAUAUUUCAAGCUAAUGCAUCACUUUAUUUUGCCAAUAGCGAGUCUUAUACAGGUGCACUGAAGAAAAAGACUGGAGUGGACCCUUGUGCCAUAUUAGCAGCAAGGAGAAAAGCCCAGAAGAGGCAUGCCAGGGAAAUAAAGGCGGCAAAUCAGCUCAGAAAGAAAGCUGUAUUGAAACUAGUGAAUUCUUCGACUAAUGACGUGGAAGCAAGUGUAAAACACGAGAUAGCAAAUGAUGAGUUACCUGUAAACGGAAAAAAUGCUAGUGUACAAGACACAUCUCCUGAUGAGCAUGAACACUUUGUGGAGCCCAAAACAAACAUCCACUCUUUAAUUCUGGAUUUCACCCCAGUGAACUUUGUGGAUUCAGUUGGAGCAAAAACAUUAAAAUCAAUUAUAAAAGAAUACAAAGAAGUUGGUGUCCAUGUCUGUAUUGCCAGCUGUAGCGGCCCUGUUAUAAAUGAGCUGACAAGACUGAAUUUUUUUGAUAACACUGUAACGAGAGAGUUGCUGUUUCACAGUAUUCAUGAUGCUGUCCUUGCUUGCCAAGUGAAAGACAGGUCUGCUUCGCAGCCCAACUCUGACCUCUGAAGAGCGGCGUCGAGCAGAAUGGAAGCCAGAUUUAUGCUGAUGGAGACUCUUUCUGCAUAUUUAAUUUGCACAGUUUAAAGAGAGCCUAAGGCUAUUUGUAUCUACGGGUAUAGGGCGGUGCUGAUUUUCUGUAGGAAGAGUAGAUAAGGAAUUGGAAGCCUUCGUGCUCUUGAAUUUUUUCCUUCAAUCAGGGUAUAGCCUUCCAGUGACAUACAAGCACAAAAUUAUGCAAGACAAGAAAAUUCAGUGUAUUCUGCUACGGUCGGAAUCUGGUAG